UACAAAGGAAAUUGUCCUGUAAAAUAUAUAUAUAUGACAACUUCCAGACCUGAGGGUCACUGUUUUAAAUUGUCUGGCUUCCCCCCCUAUUUUUUUGAUAAAGGGUAACCAUGUUUGUUUAGAGCAAAUGUUCUGUGCUGUGGAAACUCAUAUCUUUGUGGGAUUACCCAGGGGUGAAAAUGGAGGAACAAGACCCCCUAAAAUGCACCUUCAGGAAGAGGUCAGAAAAAUCUCACAUCCUCCAGGCAGCGUAUGUCAAAGAUCUCCUGCAAAGGAGAACAGGAGAACACAUUAAACAGGAGCCCAGUGAGGGCUCCCUUCAGCGGUGGGAAGUCCAGUGGCAGGAGUUCCUCAGGACAGUGGACUCUCCUCAGUCUCAAUGGACGGUCCCACACUUGCCAGAGAAAGCUUCGCCCUGGGAGGAUGCCAAGGGCUUUCUGACCUCCUUUGAGCAAGUGGCCGAAGCCUGUCGGUGGCCCCAGGAAGAGUGGGCGACCCGACUCCUACCAGCCCUCAGUGGAGAAGCCCAGCAGGCCUUUAUCAGUUUGGGGGCCAGGGACAGAGAGGAUUAUGGGAAAGUGAAGGCAGCCAUUUUGCGAAGGGACGCCAUCAGCAGGGAGAAGAUUCGCCAACACUUUAGGCACUUUUGCUACCAGGAGUCAGACGGGCCAAGAGGAACAUACCGCCGGCUCCAGGAACUUUGCUGUCAGUGGCUAAGAGCGGAGAAUCACAGCAAGGAGGAGAUCCAGGAGCUCUUGAUCCUAGAACAGCUGCUGAGCGUCCUGCCCCCGGAGAUCCAGAGCCGUGUGAGGGAGAGCGGCCCCGAGAGCUGCUCCCAGGCGGUGGCCCUGGCCGAGGAGCUCCUCUUGAGGCAGAGAGAGGCCAAGAGACAGGAGCAGCAGGUGCCCUUGGAGGAGGCAUCUGUGAGUGUCUCUGAGGCAGGCCAGGAUCCGUCUGAGAAUGGGCAGAGGCAAUUCUGCGUGGAAGCCGAGCGGGAAGAUGAUGUGAAUAGAAGCCUGCUGGAAGGAAGCUGUGUGAAAGAGACUCCGGGGCAAAGCUUCCCUCAGGAAGGCCUUGAGUCGCAGGAGGAAGCCCUCGAAAGCUCGGCCGGAGGCCCACAAGGAAAUAUUUCUUUCCUGACUGAAUUUGCUGAGGCCAAAGCCUGGAUGUCCAGAAGUGAGGGGGAGACAUACAUUCCCCACAAUUCAGAACUGGUGGGACCGUGUGGGACACUAAUGUGGACAGUGAAGCAGGAUGCAUCUCAGGAAAUCAGCUUGGUAGAGGAAGCAGAGGAAGGUCACGAGACCACUAUGGACACCCCAGCCCAGCCCAGAAUUGAUGCUAGUAAGAACCAAAACAUCUCUGGUGCUUUUGGGAAAAGCUUCAGCCAGAACCCCGGCUUUGUGAAAAUCACUCAUCUGGGAAGAAAGGUGCAUAAAUGCCUAGUCUGUGGGAAAUGCUUUUUGUCCAGCUCAAACCUUAUUGUCCACCACAGAACCCACACAGGAGUGAAACCCUAUAAGUGUCUGGAGUGUGGAAAGAGCUUCAACCGGAGCACCAAUCUUACCACGCAUCAGAGAAUCCACACAGGGGAGAAACCAUACACGUGCUUGGAGUGCGGAAAGAGUUUCAGUCGGAGCCACCAUCUGGCCUCACAUCAGAGAAUCCACACAGGGGAGAGACCUUAUAAAUGCUUGGACUGCAGCAAGACAUUCUGUGACCAGUCGAGCUUUAUUAAGCACAAGAGAACCCACACUGGGGAGAAACCCUAUAAAUGCCUGAAGUGUGGAAAGAGCUUCGGACAGAAUACAACCCUCGUUAAGCAUCAGAGAAUCCACACUGGGGCAGAAUCUCCCAUAUGAACAUUUCUCCUACUGGUAGUUAGGUUUCUGAGGCUCAGGAGUUAGUAAAGAAGCAGGGUCUUUUUGGUACUUGCCCCAUCCAUGUGGGACUCUCCACCUAUGGUUCUGUGGUCAUUAGGGGGCUCUAGUUUGGAUGGUUUGAAUAACACUAUGUAUUAUAUUGCUUUUACCCACUUUCAGGGUUCUGGUUUGAAAGACAGUGUCAUGUGGAAAACAAGUAAUAAAAUUUCACAUGGGCUGAACCGUGCAAAAAGUGUUCCAACAUCCACAUCCACAUGGAAUAUCUUUUUUUAAAAAACAACAACGGAUCAGUGAAGGUUUUUCCACUGAGAAAGGACCUAGCAAUUGUUUCAUAACAAAAAAAUCAAGUAUGACCAGACUUGAUCAUCUUGGGUACCCUCUUAAUGGUCACCCUUUCAUCUGUGUGUUAGAAAUCAUUUAAAUCAAAGACAUAGCACUUUUCAUGUGUGAUCCUAUACAAUUUAGAAAUCAAGAAUAUUUUUAGCAUAGAGACUCCCAUUGUGCUAAAACAUAUGAAAUGCCAUAAUGACAGGAGAUAAAACAUUUACCACAAGAAGUAAGUGCACAGAUUGAAGUACUGAAGUAUAUAAUGUUGAACUUGAAUACUUAAUAGCAAUAUUUAUGUAAAUAAAAAUAACAACCAGUAACAGAUAAGUAAACCAACCCAGAGCCAACUCAUGGGCUCUGUAGUCCUUUCCCUUCCAGGACUGAGACAUGAGUUAAACAGUUAAAAUUAGGUAGUAAUAGCUAAUAGUAAUAGCUUCUGCCCCCUUUUUGUUUCCUUCCCUCAAAAAUGAUUUUAAUAAACAGAAACUUGAAGCUAAUUACAAAGUGAUUAGUGAUAAAGUAACUAUAAGGUCCCUGCCACACG